UACUACUAAGUUACAAAAAAUGAGCAAAAGGCCUCUCACCAUCGUCCAUGUCUCCAAUGAUCCAACUUCAGAUGGGUUGGAAAUGCAAGAGAAUAAAAGCACCCCGGUGGCCGCGGCCGUGGCAGACAAUGGGAAGAACACGAGCAUCCACGUGACGGCCCUGGACGGGAUAGUGAGCGUGAACUCGCUCUUCACGAUGGCGCUGUUCAUCGGAUUCUCCAUGACCGUCCCGGAGAACGCGACGACGGUGGGGAGCGCGUCGUGCAUAACGAGCGGGGAGACAGUGAGGAGGCUGAUCGUGUUCGAAGUGGUGUCGUUCAGCUUCUUCCUGUUCUCGUCGCUGGUGGCGCAGAGCUUGAAGCUGCAGAUCAACCUCCGCAACAGCAUGGACCCCACCGAUCCGCACAGGGCCAGCAUCAACGUGGACCACCUCAAGUACUGCCUCUCGGCCUCCGCAGUCGGAUCGGUCCUCGGGUGCACCUUCCUGACGCUGUCGAUCGUGGAUUUCAUAAGGGUCAAAUUGGGGUCGCUGUCGUGCGGCGGAAGGCCGGUGCAGGCGGUGGUGGUGCUCCUCUUAUUUGUGGGGUCGGGGCUGCUCAUUUAUGUUGUCACUGCUGCACGUGCUCUCUUUUUCGUGCAGACUCAACCCUCUCCUACUGCUACUGUUACUGCUACUACUUGACUCCAAUUCCUAACAUUGAUGAUUAUAAUACGUAAUGUUAGUUUUUAUUGUAUUCAAUUCAAUUGGUUUAGUUGCUUAGCUGUGUAAUCAAGUGUAAAGUAAUUGUCAGCUAUUAUACAAAAUUCAACUCUUGUCAUUUUUAAGAUAUAAUCAUAUCUUAUGUGAUAUAAUAACAAAUUGAAUGUGCUCGGA